AUGACAAGUACAAAACAGGAUGGACGUGUAGUAGUUGCUAUAUUUUGGAUGGGAUUAAUGAUGAGUUGGACUGUGCUUGGAACUAUAUGGUAUGGAAGUACUCCUGAUGUUCAGAGUCAAGAAGCCUUAGACUCUCCGGGAGAUUAUAUGCCGUUUUGCCCUGAUUAUUUAAAGAAGUUUGGGUCAGUAUUGGAAGCAAUCUUUAAAGUGGUGGACCCGAAAGAUGAUCUGGUGAAAUUCGAUUGGUAUCGUACUGAAGAUGAAAGUAAGACGCCAAAACAUGAUAUUUGCUUACAAACUCCGGUAGUUGAGUUUGUGAGUAAUUUACGCGUGACGGACGAAAGUGUAGCGGUGGUUAAUAACGUUUGGAAAAGAAUUGCCGUUAUCUUUGGGGAAAAGAUUAUUAUUCGGAACUUCUCAGUUGAUAUGUCUUCAAUCCAUUUUGCAUGGUUGUUUCAGUUUCUGCGGGUUAUUCAGGCUAAAGAGAUACAUCUAUUUGAGCAGAUUCCGAGUAGCUUCACGAAUCUGGACAAACAACAUAGCCAGUUUGAGACGAGCCUGGGCUUAUUGGCGCCAAAAGGAAUCUGGCUCCCUAUUGACCAGUUAGUCUUAGAUUCCAAAACAGAAUGUUCGCUUAGAUUGUUGAAGGUGUUGUGUGCAUGCCGUUCGAUUGAUAUGGUGACUAUUUGCCUGCAAUACUCUAAUACCCACAGAGAUCUACAGCUGAAACAGCGCCUGAUAUCUGUUGACCAUGAACAAGCUGAAUAUUCAUUCACGAUAGAUAGUAGCUUUAGCAUCCUAGCUGAUAGACAACGGAAGUGGCGGGAGAAUUGCCUGGGGAAAACUAAGUCAGAAGUCAAGUUAGAAAUAGAUUUAGGUCUGUUUAGGCCUUACAUAGGCCCGGGCUGUGAUGAAAGAAUGAUGGCCCGGCAAGAUGAAGUUAUUAAAUGUAUUGGAGACUUAAGAAGUCGGUCGGUGUUUAUUAAAUGCAGUUGCAAUACGGAGGAUGUGUUUACUGUAAUGGACACUCGGAUUUUACUUGAGCUGGUCCGCGCCAUAGCUCUGAAAUGCCCAAACGUACGGAUAACACUAACUGGUUGUAAUCACACGAAAUCCAGUGGCAAUUGGCACUACCUGCCUGCGAGUAUGAGUGCCUGCCCAAGUUUGUACUUAGAAAACCCAUCGGAAGACUUCUUAGAGUUCUUGACAGGUAUGUCUAGUCUAGGCGGGACAUCACAAUCUUCUAUCGUGCUAGGACCAGAGCAUCGCCCAACUAAUUUCGUAAGACUGUUAAAUCUGAGAAAGGCUCUUAAACGUAACAAGCAGAUAUGUUUUCGAGCCGACUGGCACUGGCUCCUGUCUUACAGCGCGUGUGAGUCUGUUGACAGACGACAAAGAACACUUAUCGCUAAAAUCUUCAAUCAAAAUCCGAUUGGCAUUAUGCCCAUUCGAGCACACUGGUACGAAAUCCCAAUGAAUCCGACUGACUUUAUUAACAUAUUCGACUGGCUGGACACAAAUAAGUGCCGCAAUACACCUCGAUUUACCCCAGCGCCAGAUUACUGGAAAUUUGCGUCUCACGCGCACCGAGACUAUAGACUAAUAAUUGUUUGGCCAUCAAGCUCCGAGCUUGUUACUACUAGUGAAUACGUCACCAUACGCAUAGUCCAACUGCGCAUGCUUAAUGUACUCAAAUGCCAUGCAGAAUACCCACCAAAGCUAGCCAUCUAUAUGAACUAUCGCUACUCACAGGACUCUUACCAGCUCUUAAUUAAUCUCUUAGCACACAUUUGUCAGUCUUUUCUUAAACUAACCCGAAUUGAUAUCUACCAAGUACGGGCGGAAUAUUGCAACCUAGCAUUGCUGUGUAAAAACAUCAAUUUCAUCUAUCCCUACCAGAUCGGCGUCAAAACCGGGCUCCAGAUUGUUCUGCACUACUUCCUAAUUGAUAGCCAGGUUGAAGGUGAUUGUAGCCUAAGUGCCACGAAAAGGUUCGUGCUCCCCAGCCGGUCAUUAUAUCCAAAUGCAGAUAGGAUCGAGUUUAACCUUACCACAUACAAUAUGUUAGAACAUCCUUAA